GAAUGAGCGUGGUGCCAUCGCACCUGCGCACCAUGUCUGGUGGUGGAACAGAUGUCUCAGGACUUCCGCAUCUUCGAAUCCUGAACGUGGGAGGAGAGGCCCUGGGAGCAGAUGUGGUGUCAACUUGGGCCCCAAGUCGCUGCCUCUUCAUCAACAGCUACGGACCCUCAGAAAUUUCAGUGGUCUGCACAGCUGCUUGUUUGAAGCCAGGUGACGCCAUCACCAUUGGUGUUGCACUCUUGAGGAAGAAGAAGACCAAGGCCAAAUUCAUCGAGUUGCCGAGCAUUGGCCGUGUCUACAAAACGGGAGAUCUGGCUUCAUGUAGUUUAAGUUCUUUCAGGCGGUAUGUCACAUUGUGGCAGCUCGCGUGAGUUAGGUAUGGUCCAUACCCAACUCACUUGAAGCUGCCACGAUGUGAUACCGGUAUGGUUCCAGCCUGUGGGGUGAGGGGAAAGACCCU